AGUGAGUGUAUUUAUUUUUUCUUGAUCUGGGUUUUAUUUAGUUUACAUCUGAAAAUAGUGUUUGUUCAACUUGAAACUUGAAAGCUCAUUUUUUGAUGUAACAUCUCUUUCCACAACGCACAAUUUUGAAUUGGAGAAUGCUCAAGAAUUGAGAAGUCAUAUCUGAUAGCACAAACAAACAAACAAAAAAAAAAAAAACUCAACCCUUGUGUCAUUUCACCAUUAUUUUCUUGCUUUUUCUUCUUCAGGUGUGAAAGCCCAAAAGUAGAACCACACAUUUUAGUUUGUAAUAAUAGAAUAAAGAUCGAGUCUUUGGAGGAAUCUGAGUGCCACGUUUUGCCAGCAUUUCACAAAUAAUUGUUACUUGUAAGAGAGAAGAGAGAGAGAGAGAGAGAGAGAGAGAGUUGGGUUGGGUUUGGUUUUUUGGAUCUAUAAGAACAGCUCAUUUUCCAAUGGGGCCUGAAAAAAUUCAACCCCAAAAUUUGACUUGUCUGAUUUUGUUUCUGGGGUUUCUCUGUUAAUACAUGUGCCAAACAGUGAAGUCUUGUGCUUGAAAAGAACUCUCUCUGCAGAGAUCCUGCUUAAAAAAGCUCAAAGAUUCAGUGCUUUGACUGAAAAAAGAAAGCAAAAUUCACUGUUUUGUUGUAAGGUUUGUUUAUGGUUGGUGCAAUGAGUAGAGAUUUGAAGAAAGUGGGGAAACAAGAAAAGGGUUGUGAUUUGGCUGAGAAGGUUGUGGUGGCUGUUAAAGCAUCAAAGGAUAUUCCCAAAACUGCCCUUGUCUGGGCUUUGACUCAUGUUGUUCAGCCUGGUGAUUGCAUUACACUUCUUGUUGUCAUCUCUUCACAUACCUCUGGGAGAAAGUUAUGGGGGUUUCCAAGAUUUGCUGGGGACUGUGCUAGUGGUCAUAAGAAGUCACAAUCCGGUACGAGUGUCGAACACAAAUCCGACAUUACCGAUUCUUGUUCUCAAAUGAUUCUCCAGCUCCAUGAUGUUUACGACCCUAAUCGAAUCAAUGUGAAGAUAAAAGUGGUGACCGGAAACCCGUGCGGAUCAGUAGCCGCAGAGGCAAAGAAGAACCAAGCGAAUUGGGUCGUUUUGGACAAACAUCUCAAACACGAGGAAAAACGAUGCAUGGAGGAGCUGCAAUGCAACAUAGUCGUAAUGAAAAAAUCGCAACCGAAGGUUCUCCGUCUAAACUUAGUCGGAUCUUCAAGGAACGAACAAAGUGAUGACGUCGUCAAGAAUGAUUGUCCGAAUCCAAAGCGGGGCCCACUCGUAACCCCUUCGAGCAGUCCAGAAACAUUCACCGCCACCGAAGCCGGAACCUCUUCGGUUUCAAGCUCCGAUCUUGGUGCUUCACCUUUCUUCACAAACGGCUUUAAAGAAACCCUCAAGAAAGAGAAUAUACUAUCCACCAAUCAAGAACGAGAUAUCGAAGAAUCCAGCUCAGAAACCGACAGUGAAGGCUGUUUGUCCUCGUCUUCGAGUUUAAGGUUUCAACCAUGGAUGGCAGAAAUUGUAAAUUCUUCACAUCUCGGAGAAACUUCCGGAAGAUCCAACACCACUCGACCGCAAAAUUCAUCCAAUACUGGAUUCGGUUCACCGAGCUACCAUUUCAAUCAGGAUUUCAGCGGGAGUUUAAGAGAAGUGAUCUCCCUUUCAAGAACGGCCCCUCUCGGCCCCCCUCCGUUGUGUUCGAUAUGUCAGCACAAGGGGCCCGUUUUCGGAAAGCCCCCGAGGUGGUUCACGUACGCUGAGCUGGAGGUUGCUACGGAGGGUUUUUCAAAGGCGAAUUUCUUGGCGGAGGGUGGGUAUGGAUCCGUCCACAGAGGAGUAUUGCCCGAUGGACAGACUAUUGCGGUGAAGCAGCACAAGCUUGCGAGUUCUCAAGGCGAUCAAGAAUUUUGCUCCGAGGUCGAGGUUUUGAGCUGCGCUCAGCAUAGAAAUGUUGUUAUGUUGAUCGGUUUUUGUAUCGAGGACGGAAGGAGAUUGCUCGUGUAUGAGUAUAUCUGCAAUGGCUCUCUCGAUUCCCAUCUUUACGGUCGCCACGAGGGCACGUUAGCUUGGAGUGCAAGGCAGAAGAUAGCGGUUGGAGCGGCACGAGGAUUGAGGUAUCUGCACGAAGAAUGCAGAGUUGGUUGCAUUGUGCAUAGAGAUAUGAGACCGAAUAACAUUCUCAUUACUCACGAUUUCGAACCCUUGGUGGGAGACUUUGGUCUAGCUAGGUGGCAGCCCGACGGAGAGACAGGUGUCGAAACGAGAGUAAUCGGAACCUUUGGGUACUUGGCACCCGAGUAUGCUCAAAGUGGUCAAAUUACCGAAAAGGCCGAUGUUUACUCGUUCGGUGUAGUACUGGUGGAGCUUGUCACGGGGCGUAAAGCAGUGGAUCUCAACAGGCCUAAGGGCCAGCAGUGCCUCACAGAAUGGGCGCGGCCGUUGUUGGAAGCGUACGCCGUCGAUGAACUGGUGGACCCGCGGUUGGGAAAUAAUUACACGGAGCAGGAGGUGCACUGUAUGUUGCACGCAGCCUCGUUGUGCAUACGUAGGGAUCCUCAAGUGAGGCCUCGCAUGUCUCAGGUGCUUCGGAUACUCGAAGGCGAUGCGAUGGAUUCGGGCCCGUUGUGCGGGUUCAGCCCGGGGAGUGAGAGUGGAAGAAUAUGGAUGGAUCAUCAGCUAAAACAAGAGCAACACAGCGGACGAAUGGUGAACGAGUCUUCCGGAAGAUUUAGCUCUAAGCUUUCUCUCGAUUGAACGACAACUCGACUUUAUAUGAUAUGAUAUUUUUCUUUUUGUAGUCCUUUCGGUUUUCGAUGCUUAUUAAGAGUUUUUUUGUUGUGUAUAGCAGUGUGGAAGUAUAAGAUUUCUCUGUAAUCUUUAUUACCCAAUUGCAUGGUACAUUUACAAAUUAA